GGAAGCUGAUAUGAACAUGUGGAAGUGACCCAUGUGGGACUUUAAUACGGGAGCUAACUGUGAAGUUUAGAUGAAUUAAUCCGCUCUAGCUUACUGAAGUCAAAGUUAAAUAGUAUAGUUUGUAGUUUAUUAAUCAUGUCUUUUUUUAUAAAGAAAAAAUCCGCCUCGGUGGCCGCUGGGAAAAGUGAAAAGUCUGCUGGAGCGAAGCGAAAAGCUGAUCAGGGUGGGAAAGGCCGUCCAAAAAAACUCAACAAGCGCAUGAAUGAGGAAAUCUCCAGCGAAUCAGAAAAUGAAAACGAUGAAACCCGAGGUCGAAAGCAGAAGGAGGCGGAUGAGGACGAGGAGAUCGAGGAGACGCCGCAGGAGAAGAAGCUGCGCCUGGCUAAGCUCUACCUCGAGCAGCUGAGAGAGGAAGAGGAGAAGAAGGCAGAGGACGAGGAGUUCGAGUCGGACCUGAUAGCUGGACGCUUGCGUGAGGACGUGCUGGAACAGAGGGGCAAACUGCAGAGACUCAUCGCUGAAGAGCUCCUAGCGCCGGAUCCUGCAGAAAUCCGCCUGCUGAGAGGACACAAGCUCGCCGUCACGUGUCUGGUCAUCACCCCGGACGAAAAACACAUCUUCUCCGCGUCUAAAGACUGUUCCAUCAUCAAGUGGGAGGUGGAGAGCGGGAGAAAGGUUCAGAAGAUCGCAGGAGGGAGGAAGGGGACAGAGGAGCGGCACGUCGGACACACGGGACACGUCCUUUGCAUGGCCAUUUCAUCUGACGGCAAAUACCUGGCCACUGGAGACAUGAACAAGCUCAUCAUGAUCUGGGAAGCUGCUACGUGUAAACACCUGUACACCUUCACGGGACACAGAGACGCCGUAUCGGGUUUGGCGUUCAGGAGAGGAACACAUGACCUGUAUAGCGCGUCUCACGAUCGCUCAAUCAAAGUCUGGAACGUGGACGAGAACGCUUAUGUAGAAACUCUGUUCGGGCAUCAGGACGCCAUCACGGCUUUGGACUGCCUUGGACGGGAGCGGUGUGUGACGGCGGGGGGACGCGACCGAACGGUCCGAGUGUGGAAGAUCGCCGAGGAGACGCAGCUCGUCUUCUACGGUCACGAGAGCUCCAUCGACUGCGUUCAGCUCAUCAAUGAGGAGCACAUGGUUUCAGGAGGGGAUGACGGUUGUUUGUCCAUCUGGUCUGUGAGCAGGAAGAAACCAAUGACCACGGUGAAGCAGGCUCACGGUCUCCAUGGCAACGCCGGACUGGAAGGGCCGUGCUGGAUAUCAUCAGUUGCAGCGUUGCACAACUCCGACACUAUAGCUUCAGGUGCCUCAGGUUCCCAUAAUGCCUCUGUGCAGUUGUGGAAGUGCGGGCAGGGGUUUCGAGGCCUGGAGCCGCUCUUCUCCGUCCCGGUGAAGGGUUUCGUGAACAGUUUGAAGUUCUCCAACUCGGGCAAGUUCCUGGUGGCCGGCGUAGGACAGGAGCACAGGCUGGGCCGAUGGUGGAGGAUAAAGGAGGCUAAGAACGGACUUUACAUCAUUCCUCUCAAAAGACAGAACAAAGAGACGACGAUUGAGCAAUAACGUGAUCUCUCACACACACACUGAGGACUGGACUAGAGUUUUGUUGACUUGAGUUUUGUUCUGGAUUAAUUUUUUGUUCUCUUCUUUAUUAUUCAUCAUGUUAUAUUUCGCAGAAACCUUAAAAUAAAUUUCCGUUUAAGUUUGA